AUGGAAGCAAUUCUCAAAGAAUACUCCCUGAAUCAAGAAGUAGCCGAAAGAAUUGCUCUUUGGAUGAAAGGAUGCCCUCCCAUAACAUCUAAAAUAUCCCCUUCGUUAUCAAAGGACACGGUUGCUAACACUAGAAAAAAUAAUCCUAAGAAUUUACAGAGUGAGAUAAAGAUGCAGAAACUUCCGACCGAAAUAGUUGACCAGAUCGAAAUGCUCUGUCUCUGUCUUAAUGAUCGUGAUGAGCAUAAUGGAUCAGAUGCCUACUGCCGAGCAGUUUGUCUGGGAUUGACAUGUCGUCAUUACUGGGCCGCCUUUUCUAGGACAUGGUGCCACGCUGGUAUAAAUAUAAUCAUCCAUAAGCCUCCGCCAACUUCAAAGAUGACUUGGGUAGGACCUGAGUAUCGAAUUUCCUGCCAUAUUUCCUGGAUUAGAGGGGGAGUUCUCAUGUUUCUAUCCCGAGAGUUGUAUGGCAACAAGAAAAGUCUAGCUGAAACCCGGCUGAAGGAGAGAUAUGAUGAUUAUGUGCGACUUUACACCUGCAAAUCGACCCCUUCUACUGCCGGCUUAUCUUCUCAGCGCAUGGCUUCGUGUUGGAAAGGAGUCUUGAGUCCGUUUGGAAUGGGUGAGGCGUGGUACAUAGAGGCAGCAAGACAAUUUUGUACCCGCUUAGAUUGUUGUCUUGUGGCACCAGUAUUGGGUGAUACUAUUGCCUCGGAUCCUGAUGCAUCAUGGAGAAAUUUUCGGGCUAGUCAUCUUUAUGAGUGGACUUAUUCUCAGGAGCUCUUUCCCACAUCAAAGUUUCAGAAAAACAUCAAGGAGUGGCUUCGACUAUAUGAAAAGAGCUUUGAAGAGCGCCAGGGCCAUCGUCGUUAUAAGGUGCAUCAGGGCGUCUGGAAUCCCGAGUUUUGGUAUAUUUCCGUAAACAAGCACUCUGACGGAGAAAAUUGA